AUGGUCCCCGUGAAGAACCUUGGAGAGUUGAGGUGGUACUCCGCGUGCUUUUACGAGAGAGACGUUCAGAGAGGGCUGUUGAGGAUUUCGCAGCAGAGGUUUACCGAACAGUUGACUGCAGAGUACGGCAUUGAGUGGGGAAGGAGCGUGCCCUUGCCUGUGAGCGUGAAGCUCACCGACUAUGACGAGAACGAAGCGUGCGCUGAUGUCCCUUUUCGCGAGUUGGUAGGAUCUCUGAUGUGGUUGGCCACUCAAACAAGGCCGGACAUCGCGAACGCACUACGAGCAGUAGCGCGGUACUGUGCAUCUCCCAAGAUGGUGCACUGGAAGGCAGCACUCGGUAUUUCAGGGUACGUACGGAGGACGAGUUGGAUGGGGAUUACAUUUGAGAGGGGAGUGGUGACUGGGAUGAGCAUGCAGGUGUUUGUGGAUGCCGACUAUGCAAGCAAAGCGACAGACCGUAGAUCGGUGUCAGGAGGGCUAGUGGUUUGUGGGGGAGGGUGUAUGACUUGGUUUUCGAGGAGGCAGAAGUGCGUUACGCUUUCCACCACGGAAGCAGAGUAUGUGGCAAUUGCCGAUGUCUUGAAGGAAGUGUUGUUCCUGAGGCAGGUGUGGCGUUUUAUUUUGCCAGAUGCAGGUAUGCCGUGCAUCCCGGUGUUCGAGGAUAAUCAGGGAGCGAUUCAGAUUGCGCACAACUCGAUCACGAACUCCAACUCGAAGCACAUCAAUGUACGGCAUCACUUUAUCAGGGAGCUGGUAGAGAGAAAGGAGAUCGCAAUUACUCAUGUGCCGACUCAAUUUCAGCAUGCAGAUCUCUUGACGAAGGCUAUUAGCAAGGAGUCUUUUGCGUUGCACCGUGACUGUGACGAACUUGCAGCGAAGGAAGGGGACUAUUAG